AGUCGAUCGCGCGCAACACGUCAGGCUGACGACGGAUCCCGCACACGUCCGCAUGAUAUCGAUAAUAUUAUUACGACGCGAUAUACGAUAAUGUUAUUACUGCUGUAUCGUUAUCGGUGUCCACUUUUUGCGCUCGUUGUGUGUGAAACGAUGUGGACAUAAGAGACCGCCGUCGUACGCAAUAAUAAUAUUUCACUUGUACUAAACCGUUUGGAGUGAAAUACGUUGCGCGGACAACGGUUAUACACAAAUAUUGGUCGGUCAGAGUUCAUAAAUAAACUGCGGCCGGUGCAUUUCGAUCGUCAGACGUCACCGUCUGUCCCCAAUACGCGGGCCGACUGCAGGUAUCUACUAUGAUGAUGUUGCAGAAUCCGCUGUUCCAGGAGUACAACACUGCUCUGUCGCAGUUGCUCGAACUGCACCAACAGCAACACCGUUACAAUCACCAACACCAGCAGCAGCAGCAGCAGCACCAUCACCACCAUCACCAACAUCACCCCAAUAACCGACAGCUGCAGCUGCACCGUGUAGCCGGGAACGGGUCGUCGGCAGCAGCAGCAGCAGCAGCAGCAGCAGCGGCCGCGGCCGCAGGAGUUUUUCAGAGUUACGCGGGCGGUGUGAGGACGGCCAGUCGGGACAGCGCCGAGUCGGACGUGCUGAGCUCGUCGUCGCCCAGGCCGUCCAAGCCGUUCACCAUCGACGCGAUACUCGGACUUCAAGCGGGCGCCGUCGUGGGCCAGUCGGCCGCCGCGACCGCCGCCGCGCUGCCGAACGACACGUCUUGCACGGUCGGCCCGGUUGCAGCGCUCGACUUUUCCACCGGUUCGGCGUCGGCUCACGGCAAAAAACACCGCGAAGACAAAAUUGAUGGUUUCAAUAAAAAACACGGUUGUUCUGGUAAAUCAAAAAGAGUACGAACAAUAUUCACUCCGGAACAAUURGAGAGGUUAGAGAUGGAAUUCGAACGUCARCAAUAUAUGGUGGGUCCGGAAAGACUAUAUUUGGCUCACACAUUACAGCUAACGGAAGCACAAGUUAAAGUUUGGUUUCAAAACCGUAGAAUAAAAUGGCGAAAACAACAUCUGGAGAUACAGCAACAGAGGUUGGCCAAUAUACACCAACGGAGUACGCAGGGAAUGGUCCAAGAGUGCGAAGAAGACGAGGAUUCGGAAACGGAAACGAAUAAUUGUUCAUAUUACUCAUAAAAAAAAUGUUACGAAAAAAAAUGUAUAGUUAGUUUACCAUAAGUAUGUGUUUAAUGUUGAAACGUGGCAAGUCCAUCCAUCGUKGUUUUAUGAAAUACAUGUAAAUCACUACAACCUAUAUAAAUCAUAGAAUCGCGUUUCUCGUGAAAACGUCCGUUUUUUCACGAUAUCAGGCAAAAUUUUUAAAAUGAAAAACUAUUAUAAUUAUAUCUAUGUAUAACCGUAACAUUGUAUAGAACUGUGGAGAAUCAUCAAAAUUGAUUUUAAAUGCAAACUGAUGCCAACACUGGUGAUCUGCAGACRGRAUUUUGACGAUAGCGUGAAACCUUUACAAAUUGUUGAAAAUCUAAAUAUACACACUCUAUAUUCCAUGUGCUUAAUAUAUAUUGCAAGAUCGUUAAUAAUUAGCAUAUAUUAGAAUAUAAUAUAUAGGUUAGAUGUUCCAUUAUUA